CGUCCCUCCUCUUCGUUAAAAAGAUACGCAGCAGUCUGUUUUAGAAAAUACUACCAUGGCUCCCUCUUUAGCGAUAGCCUGCCAAGCCGCCACCGAGAGACCCGCCCGGGCACUGGCACCCACCAGCCGCGUGGCUGCUGUGUGCAGUGAAGUGCAGGCAAGCCGCAUAGGCCACAAGCUCGACUUGCCCUCUGUGCUGAAGACUCCAUUUAAGAUCGUCCAUGGCCCUCCUAGCUCUUCCGCCGGCAAUCCAGCUGAGAUUGCUAAGCUGUUUCCACAUCUCUUUGGACAACCAUCAGCAUCAUUGGUCCCAAGCGACGCUACUUCAGCUGUCUCAAAGCAGAACCUGAAGAUAGGCGUGGUCCUGUCCGGAGGCCAAGCUCCUGGUGGACACAAUGUGAUUACAGGAAUCUUCGACUACUUGCAAGAGCAUGCCAAAGGAAGCACGCUGUACGGGUUCAGGGGUGGCCCUGCCGGUAUCAUGAAGUGCAAGUACACCGAACUGACUUCAGAUUACAUACACCCGUACAGAAAUCAGGGUGGGUUCGACAUGAUCUGCAGCGGGAGGGACAAGAUUGAAACUCCUGAGCAGUUUAAACAAGCUGAAGAAACAGCCCUUAAGCUUGACUUGGAUGGUCUUGUUGUGAUUGGUGGAGAUGAUUCAAACACAAAUGCUGGCCUCCUUGCUGAAAAUUUCAGGAGCAAAAAUCUGAAAACUCGGGUAAUUGGAUGCCCGAAAACAAUUGAUGGAGAUCUCAAGUGCAAAGAGGUUCCUGUCAGUUUUGGAUUCGAUACUGCAUGCAAGAUAUAUGCUGAAAUGAUCGGCAAUGUAAUGGUAGAUGCUCGUUCAAGUGGAAAAUAUUACCACUUCGUAAGGCUAAUGGGACGUGCAGCUUCUCACAUCACUUUAGAGUGUGCUCUACAAACUCACCCAAACAUCACAAUUAUUGGAGAAGAGGUUGCUAUGAAGAAGCUGACCCUGAAAAAUGUCACUGACUAUAUUGUGGAUGUGAUCUGCAAGCGCUCAGAGCUCGGCUAUAACUACGGUGUCAUACUCAUACCAGAAGGUCUCAUUGACUUCGUACCAGAGGUGCAGCAGCUUAUCGCAGAACUAAAUGAGAUCCUCGCACACGAGACAGUUGAUGAAGGAGGUCUGUGGAAGAAUAAACUCAAGCCCCAGUCUCUGCAGCUCUUCGAGUUUCUACCUCAAGCAAUCCAAGAACAGUUGAUGCUUGAAAGAGAUCCCCAUGGAAAUGUGCAGGUUGCCAGAAUUGAGACUGAGAAGAUGCUGAUUCAAAUGGUUGAGGUUGAACUGGAGAAGAGGAAGCAGGAAAACAGAUACAAAGGCGGCUUUCAAGGACAAUCUCACUUUUUCGGGUAUGAAGGAAGGUGUGGUUUUCCAAGCAACUUUGAUUCUACGUACUGCUAUGCUCUGGGCUAUGCUGCUGCGGCUCUCCUUCAUUGUGGAAAAACGGGUUUGAUAGCUUCGGUCGGGAAUUUAGGUGCACCCGUUUCAGAUUGGACAGUCGGUGGAACUGCUUUAACUUCACUGAUGGAUGUUGAGAGGAGACAUGGCAAGUUCAAGCCUGUGAUCAAGAAGGCAAUGGUGGAACUCGAAGGUGCACCAUUCAAGAGAUUUGCUUCAAUGCGGGAGGAGUGGGCUGUCAAAAACCGAUAUAUCAGUCCUGGACCAAUCCAGUUUGUUGGCCCGACAUCUCAUGCAAUCAACCACACUCUCUUGCUGGAACUGGGAGCUCAAGCUCGGACUCGGAUGAUUCAGUGAUGACCUUCUGAAGCCGAAUCCCUCAUGGGGCUCGAACUAAUUUGGCUCGAACUCGGAUAGGAUCUAUCUCACUGUGUGCCUCUUUAGUAACGGGUUCGUCAAUAAAAUUUUUGGCCAUCAUGAUAGUAGGUUCGGUCAGAAAUGUAUAAUCCCCAGGAUAAUAAAGGAUGUUUUUCGAUAAGAGUUGUAGACAAUUUCCAAUAUGGUUUCUUAUUCAA